UUGCACCGACAGCAUGACGGACGCGCUGCUGCCCGCGGCCGCCCAGCCGCUGGAGAAGGAGAGCGACGGCUACUUUCGGAAGGGUUGCAAUCCCCUUGCGCAAACUGGCCGGAGCAAACUGCAGAAUCAGAGGGCUGCCUUGAACCAGCAGAUCCUGAAAGCCGUGCGGAUGAGAACGGGAGCAGAAAACCUCCUAAAAGUAGCUACGAACCACAAGGUACGGGAGCAGGUGCGCCUGGAGCUGAGCUUCGUGAACUCCGACCUGCAGAUGCUCAAGGAAGAGCUGGAAGGGCUGAACAUCUCAGUGGGAGUCUAUCAGAGCACGGAGGAGGCGUUUACGGUCCCCUUGAUUCCGCUUGGCCUGAAGGAAACCAAGGACGUUGACUUCUCAGUCGUUCUCAAGGAUUUCAUCCUGGAACAUUACAGCGAGGACAGCUAUCUAUAUGAAGACGAAAUAGCGGACCUGAUGGAUCUGAGACAGGCUUGCCGGACACCCAGCCGGGAUGAGGCCGGGGUUGAACUGCUCAUGAGCUACUUCAUCCAGCUGGGAUUUGUGGAGAGCCGCUUCUUUCCCCCCACCCGACAGAUGGGGAUCUUGUUUACCUGGUAUGACUCCCUCACCGGGGUCCCGGUGAGCCAGCAGAACUUGCUGCUGGAGAAGGCCAGCAUUCUGUUCAACAUCGGAGCCCUCUACACACAGAUCGGGACCCGGUGCAAUCGGCGGACCCAAGCUGGGCUGGACGGUGCCGUGGACGCCUUUCAGAGAGCCGCAGGGGUUUUACAUCACCUGAAAGAGACGUUCACUCACACUCCGAGUUACGACAUGAGCCCUGCCAUGCUCAGCGUGCUGGUCAAGAUGAUGCUUGCACAAGCCCAGGAGAACGUGUUUGAGAAAAUCUGCCUUCCUGGCAUCCGGAAUGAGUUCUUCGUGCUGGUGAAGGUGGCUCAGGAGGCUGCCAAGGUGGGGGAGGUGUAUCGGCAGCUGCACAUGGCCAUGAGCCAGGCCCCGGUGAAGGAGAACAUCCCCUACUCCUGGGCCAGCCUGGUCUGCGUGAAGGCCCACCACUACGCGGCCCUGGCCCACUACUUCGCAGCCACCCUUCUCAUCGACCACCAGUUGAAGCCUGGCGCAGAUGAGGACCAUCAGGAGAAGUGCCUGUCCCAGCUCUACGACCACAUGCCAGAGGGACUGACGCCCUUGGCCACGCUCAAGAGCGGCCACCAGCGCCGACAGCUGGGCAAGUCCCACCUGCGCAGAGCCGUGGCCCACCACGAGGAGUCGGUGAGGGAGGCCAGCCUGUGCAAGAAGCUCCGCAACAUCGAGGUGCUCCAGGACGUGCUGUCCGUGGCGCACGAGCGGUCCCGCCUCAAGUACGCGCAGCACCAGGACGACGACGAUCUGCUCAACUUGAUCGACGCUCCCGACAUUAUCUCUAAAACUGAGCAAGAGGUUGAAAUUAUAUUGCCACAGUUCUCCAAGGUGACAGCAACGGACUUCUUCCAGAAGCUGGGCCCCCUGUCGGUGUUUUCGGCUAACAAGAGAUGGACACCUCCUCGAAGCGUUCACUUCACUGCAGAAGAAGGGGAUCUGGGGUUCACCUUGAGAGGAAACUCCCCAGUUCAAGUCCAUUUCCUGGAUCCUCACUGCUCUGCUGCGCUGGCGGGAGCCAAGGAAGGGGAUUAUAUUGUUUCCAUUCAAGACGUGGAUUGCAAGUGGCUGACGGUGAGCGAGGUCAUGAAGCUGCUGAAGGCCUGUGGCAGGGACGGCGUGGAGAUGAAGGUCGUGAGCCUCCUGGACUUCACCUCGUCCAUGCAUAAUAAGUGCGCGACCUACUCUGUGGGAAUGCAGAAAACCUACUCCAUGAUCUGCUUAGCCAUCGAUGAUGAUGACAAAACCGACAAAACCAAGAAAAUCUCGAAGAAGCUUUCUUUUUUGAGCUGGGGCACCGACAAGAACAGAGUGAAGUCGGCCAGCACCUUGUGCCUCCCGUCGGUUGGGGUGGCGAGGCCUCAGGUCAAGAAGAAGCUCCCUUCCCCCUUCAGCCUUCUCAACUCCGACAGUUCUUUGUACUGACGCGAGGAAACAGAAAACCUUCAGGCCCCAGACGUCUCGGGUGCUGACCAGGCCUUCGCAUCUGUGCCACAGUGGAAAGAUUCCCAAACAUUCGCAAAUCCCAUCUUCUCACUGGGUUAAACUCACGAUCGGUAGGGCUUCACGAAGGAAAGUAACGAGAAACCUCGAGAAGCUUGGGGAGUGUCACCAUAGUGCUGCCAAGUUAUUUAUUAUAUAAAGUAUUGUAAAUAGAACGGUAAAUAGCCCUAGAAAAUAGGGCUGUUGUUAAUGGCUAGUCACGAUUUGUGGUUCCUAUCAGAAUUGCGUGGGGCUGCCUCUGUUGGGCCUUCCUGUAAUCGUUUCCAGCCUUGGGUAGUGAUAGAUCAUUCCUUGACUCAGAAUCCAGACGACCCCAAAUUGAGGCAGGUCAAGGGGCCGGAUUUAGUUAGAUUACUAAGUUAGGGUUACCUAGAAGUGCUCCGAGGAACUGCUUCCUAAGGGGAAUUCGUGUACCUAAAAUGCUAAGAUUUUGCGAGUAUUUCUGCAUAAUUGUGAAUGCUAUUUCCAGAUAAAGUCUAGUGCCAAGUCUGUCGUAACUUAUCAGAACAGAAACAAAAGAGCCAACCCCCCCCCCCCACACACACACACACACUUUAGGAGCAGUGUUGCUUCCAGUCUGAGGUCAUUUACAAGUUGCUAACACAGUGGCCGUGUUAGACGGGGAUGCUAUCUACAAGGUAGACGAUAUGCUGUUUGAUACUCAAAACAUUUUUCUUUUUGUUUAAAGUAGAAAAUGCGUAAUUGUAUAUUUUAAGAGUCUUUGAGAUGGGUUAGAAACAUUUUAUAAGGUAAAGAUGUAAAUGAUUCUAGUUUAAAGCUCUCUUUGACUUUUUAAGACGACGUUCUUACGCGUGCUAUUUCUCUUGCCAUUAAGUUGGAUGAUGCCGUGAUUUUCAUAAGAUUCAUGGUUGACACAAGUUAUGUAGCUUAAAGAAAAAAAGAAGCAUUGAAAUCUAUUUUUGAGAAUUAACGAGAACUUAAAUAUUUUCUAGUGUGCAAUAUCAAAAGGGAAGCAACCAUAUUUGGGAAAGUGUAUCCACUGCUUUUAGGGACAUUUUUAUAUAAAUAUUUAAAUAAACAUAUUCGUUUGCCUGAA